AAUAGCUCAGUCAGUAGCGAGUUGGAUUGUCGUCUGCUAGGACAGUGGAAUAGCUCAGUCAGUAGUAAGUUGGAUUGUCGUCUGCUAGGACAGUGGAAUAGACAGUGGAAUAGCUCAGUCAGUAGUAAGUUGGAUUGUCGUCUGCUAGGACAGUGGAAUAGUUCAGUCAGUAGAGAGUUUGAUUGUCGUCUGCUAGGACAGUGGAAUAGCUCAGUCGGUAGUGAGUUUGAUAGUCGUCUGCUAGGACAGUGGAAUAGCUCAGUCGGUAGUGAGUUUGAUAGUCGUCUGCUAGGACAGUGGAAUAGCUCAGUCAGUAGCGAGUUGGAUUGUCGUCUGCUAGGACAGUGGAAUAGCUCAGUCAGUAGCGAGUUGGAUUGUCGUCUGCUAGGACAGUGGAAUAGCUCAGUCAGUAGUGAGUUGGAUUUCGGUAGUGAGUUAGAUUGUUGUCUGCUAGGACAGUGGAAUAACUCAGUCAGUAGCGAGUUGGAUUGUCGUCUGAUAGGACAGUGGAAUAGCUCAGUCAGUAGUGAGUUGGAUUGUUGUCUGCUAGGACAGUGGAAUAGCUCAGUCAGUAGCGAGUUGGAUUGUCGUCUGCUAGGACAGUGGAAUAGCUCAGUCAGUAGUGAGUUAGAUUGUCGUCUG